AUGACCACCUUCGCCGCCCCGGUCCCUGCUACCAGAUCGCUGCCCACCAACCAGUCGGCGCUGGCGGCGUCAUUCACCAACUUCCUUACCGUGUCUGUCCACCAAAUACUUUUCCUGCGCUCCGUCUACCCGCGCGCGACCUUCCUCCCCGUGCGGGCAUACAACUAUCCCGUCCGACAAUCUCGUCACCCGAAAGUGUGUGACUAUAUUAAUGAUGCAUCGAUCGCGGUCGGGACAGAGAUCUUAAAGGGUACAAUCACUGCAGUCAGUAUCAUUAUUUCAUCACUCCGCACAAAUCAGCCCCUCGAACGAUACGCCUUUGAUCUGUCAGGCUUCCCCCGGGCACCGGCCGGGGAGGUAAACACCACAUUCGAAGACAGAAAUGGAGAUUCAUCGAAUCCAGAUGCCCCCGUCUCUGACCGGGGCCCAGCGCCAACCUCGGUCGAUCUCGAGUCACAGUUCCGGGCCUGUUUGGCCCGUCUGGCAUCCGCCUGUGCGCGGUUGACCCCGCUACCGCGAGAUGACGAAUUCAGUUUUACGGUCUGCAUCGAAGUGCGGGAGGAUGCUUUGCCCCCCGCCGGCACCACCAAAGAAGAACAAACAUGGAUUGUGGCCGAACCCGGCAAGGUACACCUACGAUCCUGCACCGCCCCAUUUUCCGUCUCGAAAGUACGGAAUGGCGAGCCUCAGCGGCCGCCCCCGCCGGCCUCGAACGGCCGAGCCAAAACAGUACCGGUACGACGCGUGGAAGCCGGAGAACUACGGUUGGAGUUGUGGGUAGAAGAAGCGCGGCAGAAAUUUAACGAACCGGUGGAUUCAGAGCAGCCACCUUGA